AUGAUUAGAGGAUUAGGAGCUCAUUUAAAUACAGUUCCCCGGCUGAGUAUAGUUGACGAUAGCUUUCUAUCUUCUGAGAGCACGAACACAGAUCACGACCAACAGCUUCAGCACCGGGUCCUCCACUUGGAGCGCAAGUUAGCCCAUCAGUCCGAUGAGAUCGUGUGCCUCAGGAGUACAUUGGCUGAUGUCCUCCGAAGAGUUACUCAGUUAGAGGGCAGAGGUACUNAACAGCUUCAGCACCGGGUCCUCCACUUGGAGCGCAAGUUAGCCCAUCAGUCCGAUGAGAUCGUGUGCCUCAGGAGUACAUUGGCUGAUGUCCUCCGAAGAGUUACUCAGUUAGAGGGCAGAGCACCUGUCGUUACGUCCAAUACAGUGCCUAAUAAUGCGCUCAACAGUAAAGGCUUACAUUUAUCGCCACUUCGGCUGAACGCGAGCUCGCAAUCGAUUUACAGCCAGAAAUACAGCCGCGACUAUAAUCUCAAUUACAAUCACACCCCCAAUGGCAAUGGCAAUGGAAACGCGCUGAAAGGCAAUCUCACGAAUGGCAGCCCCGGUAUAAACGGCAAUGGCCUGGCGGCUAACGGUCACCGGCGGCUAUCGCACUAUCCGUCCAACAACUCACUGCACAGCGAAAGGGGUGGCCUUAACAGCAGCUCCAACAGCGCGUCGCCCGUGCCCUCGCCCUCCCCGUCCCAGUCGUCGAUGUCAUACCGGGCCAACACACCCACGGCGUCGCCCCGACACACGCCCGGCCGUGAGAUGCGGUCGCCGUACUCGGCGUCCACUUCUAAUUUGGUUGCGAUG